AUGGUCAUCAUCAUUGCUUUGAUUCUGCUGUUUGUGCGCCGCCGACGUAACUCAGCCAACGCAGCUGGCAAGAGCAAGGUGCCAGCCCCGCCAUCACGUGGGGCGCAGCGACCGGCAAACCACGUCGGCCAAUACAUGGUCCCCGUCUCAAACAUGUUCCUGCCAGACUACGAAGAGCCAGAUGCCAUCAGCCCAAACCGGGUGUACGAGCUGCCGAUGCACACGGGAAAGACGGCGCCACCGGCCUACGCAACAGCAGCAGCAGUCAGCGUCGCCCGCACCAAGACCGCCCUGUACGACGUGGGCGAUGGCGGCGAUGGUCAGGCCAUCUACGACAACGCUGUGGAGGAGGACGUGCAGGGCUUUGGGGUCCCACUCUACGACAGGGCAUCGCAACAACAGCCGCCGCAGAAGCAAACCCAGGGCGCACCGCUCUAUGAUGUCGCAUCACAACAGCAGCAGCAGAACACGGCUCCGCUGUAUGACAUUGCAACCACCGUGACGCCACAACAGCAGCACGAACAGCUGCGAGGGUUUGAUGUCCCCUUGUACGAUGUCGCUUCGCAACAGCAGCAGACGCAGCGGCGUGCAGGCGCGCUUGCUGUCGACGUGACGUACGACAACCCAACAGCCAAGUCCCUGGCCAACGUUGGCAAUGAUGAAGAUGAGGAGGAGAAGGACGGUGCAAAGGCACGAGCCAACGCCCCCACCUACGAUAUGGCCUCACCAAUGCCAGCGCACUAUGCGGAGAACCCGCGCCACCGCGCCCUGCACCCAUCGUACGACGUGGCCACGUCCGAGACAGACGGCGGUGGCGACGACGACCUCUACGCCACAGCGGCUGACGUUGCGCACAGCGACAAGAACACGCACCAGCAAGCAGCGGCCACGGACAAGAACACGGACCCCGAUGGUGGAUAUCUGAUUACGUUCCCCUCCUCCUCGCAAACGCCCUCGCGGCAGCAGCGGCCGCCUACCCUGCCCACCUCCACCACGUACGACAACAUUGGCGAUGACGGCGAGGCGCUGUACUCUGCACCAACACUCUGA